AUGUCGAUCGAAAUUGAAUCCGCCGAUGUGAUUCGAUUGAUACAGCAGUAUCUUAAGGAGUCAAAUCUUGUGAAGACACUACAAACUCUGCAGGAAGAGACAGGUGUAUCCUUGAAUACAGUUGACAGUGUGGAUGGAUUUGUCGCUGAUAUAAAUAAUGGCCACUGGGACACAGUUUUAAAAGCGAUACAAUCAUUAAAAUUACCUGACAAGAAACUUAUAGACUUAUAUGAACAAGUGGUUCUAGAGUUAAUUGAGUUACGUGAAUUAGGAGCAGCACGUUCUUUAUUAAGACAAACUGAUCCCAUGAUUAUGAUGAAGCAGCAAGAGCCUGAAAGAUACAUUCAUUUAGAAAAUCUACUUGCACGUUCAUACUUUGACCCACGCGAGGCAUAUCCUGAUGGAAGUACAAAAGAAAAACGCAGAGCAUACAUAGCUACUGCUCUCGCAGGUGAAGUGUCUGUGGUACCCUCUAGUAGAUUAUUGGCCUUGCUGGGACAAGCAUUGAAGUGGCAGCAACAUCAGGGUCUGUUGCCACCAGGAACCACGAUAGAUUUGUUUCGAGGAAAAGCGGCAGUUCGUGAUCAGGAAGACGAGAAGUACCCGACGCAGCUAUCGAAGCAAAUCAAAUUUGGGCAAAAGUCGCAUGUGGAGUGUGCGCGUUUCUCACCUGACGGUCAGUACCUGGUAACUGGAUCGGUGGAUGGUUUUAUUGAAGUAUGGAACUUCACGACUGGUAAAAUCAGGAAAGACUUGAAGUAUCAGGCGCAGGACAACUUUAUGAUGAUGGAGCAAGCGGUAUUGUCAAUGUCGUUUAGUCGCGACAGUGAGAUGUUGGCAGGCGGCGGUCAGGAUGGCAAGAUUAAAGUCUGGAGAGUGCAAAGCGGACAGUGCUUGAGAAGAUUCGAAAAGGCGCAUUCGAAAGGCGUAACCUGUCUACAAUUUAGCAGAGAUAAUAGCCAAAUUUUAUCUGCCUCUUUUGACACUACCAUAAGGAUACAUGGGCUCAAAUCAGGAAAGACUCUCAAAGAAUUUAGAGGUCACGGCUCGUUCGUAAAUGAAGUAGUCUUUUCUCCAGAUGGGCACAACCUAAUCAGCGCUUCGUCGGAUGGAACUGUGAAAAUUUGGAGCUUGAAGACCACCGAGUGUAUAGGCACUUACAAGUCGUUGGGUGCCGCUGACCUCACGGUGAACAGCAUACAUUCCCUGCCGCGCAAUCCGGAGCACUUUGUCGUAUGCAAUCGUUCCAAUACGGUGGUGAUCAUGAAUAUGCAGGGACAAAUCGUCAGGUCGUUCUCCAGCGGUAAACGAGAGGGAGGUGAUUUCGUGUGCACGGUGGUGAGCCCACGCGGCGAAUUUAUCUACUGUGUCGGCGAGGAUCUCGUGUUGUACUGCUUCUCCACGUCGUCGGGCAAACUCGAGAGAACUCUGAAUAUACACGAAAAGGACGUGAUUGGCCUGGCGCAUCAUCCCCAUCAGAAUCUGCUAUGCUCUUACAGCGAGGAUGGUCUCCUGAAGCUGUGGAAGCCGUGAGCGAACGAAGGAACCCUCGUCUUCUUCCUACUUCGUUGUGCGCUCAUCUUGAAGAGAAUUCAAGUCUUAUUUUUACGCAUUGUGUUCUUGAAAAUAUGACUGUGCAAUGUGAAUCAUUUUAUAAUUCAUACAGCGUACUAAAUGUACUCGUCAUUUAUCAACGAGCACACAUACUGUAUAUAUUCCACUUGAAAAGGAAAUACACACAGGAACAAGAGAAGAGACGAUCGAUUAUCGCGAUUUCGUAGCGACCGGGGGACCACGGAGGCCUCGUCGACGAUCUCCUCACGCCUCGUUCCGCUUCUUAUUACGGCCGGGUGCGCUAACGAGCAGGGAAACGCGCG